AUGGCGUUUAUGAGAAAAAGCAAGUUCCGGCAUGUCUUUGGUCAAGCGCUCAAAAGGGACCAGUGCUAUGAUGCCAUUCGGGUGACCCGCACAUCUUGGGAGUCAACGUACUGUGCUGUCAACCCCAAAUUUCUUGCUGUGAUCACUGAGGCAGCUGGCGGUGGGUCCUUUCUAGUUCUGCCACUAGCAAAGACAGGGAGAGUCAGCAUAGACCACCCAAUGGUUUCUGGACACAAAGGAGCUGUUCUGGACAUUGCCUGGUGCCCACACAAUGACAACAUUAUUGCUAGUGCAGCCGAGGACUGUGCCAUCAAAGUGUGGCAGAUCCCCGAUGAGGGGCUCAAGGAGAACCUUACAGAGUCUGUGGUGGACCUCUUGUCUCACCAGCGGAGAGUGACACUGCUUCAGUGGCAUCCUACAGCCAUGAACGUCUUGCUCAGCACAGGAUCCGAUAAUGUGAUCAUUCUGUGGAACGUUGGCACGGGUGAAGCCAUUCUGCAGGUGGACAUGCCCGACCAGAUCUAUUCCGUCUCCUUCAACCUUGACGGCAGUCGAUUUGUUUGCACAUGCAAAGACAAGAAUCUGCGUAUUCUUGACACACACACUCUAGAAGUCUUGCAGGAAGGCAAAGGUCACCUCGGAGCAAAGCCAGCUCAAUGUGUUUACCUGAAGAAUGGCCAGGUGUUCUCUACAGGUUUUUCAAAAAUGAGCGAACGACAGUAUGCCUUAUGGAAUGAGAAUGACCUGAGUUCACCGGUGGUGAUAGAAGAGAUCGACUCCAGCAAUGGUGUCAUGUUUAUCUUCUACGAUCCUGACACAAAUAUGGUGUAUCUGGCCGGAAAGGGCGACAGUUUAAUCCGCUACUACGAGAUAACUGACGAAGCACCAUAUGUCCACUUUCUAACUCUGUACCAGUCAAACGCACCACAGAGAGGUAUCGGCUUCAUGCCGAAACGAGGACUCAAUGUAAACAACAAUGAAAUUGCCAGAUUCUACAAGCUACACAAUACAGGCCUCUGUGAGGUUAUUCCCUUCACUGUUCCAAGAAAGUCUGAGUUAUUUCAAGAUGACCUUUACCCUGACACAGCUGCCGAUGAGCCUGCGAUAUCUGCUGAUGAAUUCUUUGCGGGGAAAAAUGCGAAACCAAUCUUGGCAUCGAUGAAAGACGGAUUUGCAUCAUCCAACAAAGAGCAGCUCAAAGUUGUUAGAAAAUCCAACAUUCUAGACAAGAUGCCUCCCAAAACCAGCCAGACAUCAUCAUCCAACAACGCAGAAGCAGCAGCAGCCCCAGCCUUACCCACGGGGUUUGACCCGAAAGCCCUUUUGGAUGACGUGCGAAAGCUCAAGCUGAUUGUUAAAGCUCACGAGAGGCGGAUAAAAACUCUGGAGGAAAAAAUGGCUGAGUUUGAGAGUGAAGAAGAAACUGUCGACGACGCUUAA